GGUCCUUGCAGUGCUUGUGCAGUCGGCAGCAUCCUCCGUCGCUGCUGCGUGUGAGAGCAGCGCGCCAUUUUGUCAUCGACCGUAUUGCGAUUAGCGGCUGCCGUGCUGCGGCUGUACUCGGUAGUUUCAGGUCACAAGACAGCCCUACUACCAACAUGACUGACAUAAAGAAUUUUCUGUAUGCUUGGUGUGGAAAGAAGAAAGUAACUCCUAAUUAUGAGAUUCGUACAGUUGGGAACAAAAACAGACCAAAGUUUGUGUGCGAGGUUCGGGUCGAUGGAUAUAGUUACCUGGGCAUGGGGAAUUCUCAAAACAAAAAGGAUGCUCAGAGUAAUGCAGCCCGGGACUUUGUGAAUUACCUGGUUCGAAUGAACGAAAUAAAAAGUGAGGAGGUACCAUCACUUGCGGCUGAACAGGGAGUUGCUGCUGAUGGAUUUCAACCAAUCAAAUCGGAAGGAUUUGAUGGCCCUUCUGGAGGACCAUUGCCCCCCCACUUGACCUUGAAGCCAGAAGGUAGAGGUGCACCUGCUGUCGGCAAUACUGGGUAUGGUUUUCAGAGUGGUGGUGCGAAUUGGGAGCGUGGAGCCAACCUGAAGGAUUAUUAUGCUAAGAGAGAUGAACAGGAGGCUCAGGCGACUCUGGAGUCUGAAGAAGUUGACUUGAAUGCAGGGCUGCAUGGAAACUGGACGCUUGAGAACGCAAAAGCUCGUCUUAAUCAGUUUUUUCAGAGAGAAAAGACACAAGCAGAUUAUAAGUACAUACAAACUGGGCCUGACCACAACAGGAGCUUUUUUGCAGAAAUGACCCUGCAUGUUAAGCAGCUUGGCCGAAGGAUCACUUCUCGAGAACAUGGCUCCAACAAGAAAUUGGCCGCACAGUCUUGUGCCCUAUCAAUGGUGCGCCAGCUGUAUCACUUGGGAGUUAUCGAACCAUACACUGGAAUAACAAAGAAGAAGGAGGGAGAAUCUGUGGAACCAUACCAAGUGAACCUUAGUCCUGAUAUCCAAAAACAAGUGCUUGGUGUCCUUGAAGAGAUGAACAUUGAGUUGCCCUUUCCUCCUGAGGAUCCCAGUCAGCCUGUGUCGCUUAAUCUAGGAAAGUUGGUACAUUUUGAGCCAUCUCAGCGGCAGAGUCAUUCUGGAGUGGUACCAUGGUCACCACCACAGGAGAACUGGAACCCAUGGACCAGCAGCAAUAUUGAUGAGGGUCCCCUGGCAUUUGCAACCCAAGAGCAGAUCAGUGCAGAUUUGAAAAAUGAGCUGAUGUACCAGCUGGAACAAGAUAAGAGCUUACAGCAGAUUUUGAGUGAACGUGAAUCUUUGCCAGUCAAGAAGUUUGAGACUGAUAUCUUGGAUGCUAUACACAGCAGCCCCGUGGUAAUCAUACGAGGCGCUACUGGAUGUGGCAAAACCACCCAGGUCCCACAGUACAUUCUGGACGAGUACAUCCGGAAUGACCAAGCAGCUCAGUGUAACAUUGUGGUGACUCAGCCCCGAAGGAUCAGUGCAGUGUCUGUGGCAGAACGCGUUUCCUAUGAGAGGGGAGAAGAUGUUGGGAAAAGCUGUGGAUACAGUGUGCGUUUUGAGUCUAUACUCCCUCGUCCUCAUGCUAGUGUUAUGUUCUGCACUGUCGGUGUACUCCUCAGGAAGCUUGAGUCUGGCAUCAGAGGAAUCAGUCAUGUCAUUGUAGAUGAAAUCCAUGAGCGUGACAUUAAUACUGACUUCUUGCUGGUGGUUCUGCGUGAUGUGAUUCAAACUUUCCCAGACAUUAGAGUUAUCCUUAUGUCUGCCACUAUAGAUACCAGUAUGUUCUGUGAAUAUUUCUUCAACUGUCCCAUCAUUGAGGUGUUCGGACGAACUUUUCCAGUGCAAGAGUAUUACCUUGAAGACUGCAUUCAGAUGACUCAAUUCAUCCCUCCUCCAAGAGAUAAAAAAAGGAAAGACAAAGAUGAAGAGGGAGGAGGAGAUGAUGAAGAGGCAAAUUGUAAUCUGGUGUGUACUGAUGAUUACGGCCCAGAGACUAAGCGUUCAAUGUCACAGCUGAGUGAGAAAGAGACUCCCCUCGAACUCAUAGAGGCCCUCUUGAAAUAUAUUGAAACACUGAACGUACCUGGGGCUGUGCUGGUGUUUUUGCCUGGCUGGAACCUCAUUCACACCAUGCAGAAGCAUCUUGAGAUGAACCCUCAUUUUGGCAGCCACAGUUAUCGAAUUUUGCCACUUCAUUCCCAAAUCCCACGAGAGGAGCAAAGAAAGGUGUUUGAUCCAGCUCCAGAUGGUGUAAUCAAGGUUAUUCUAUCCACAAAUAUUGCUGAGACCAGUAUCACUAUAAACGAUGUUGUUUAUGUCAUAGAUUCCUGCAAGCAAAAAGUUAAACUGUUUACAUCGCACAACAACAUGACCAAUUAUGCCACAGUCUGGGCUUCUAAAACCAAUCUUGAGCAGAGGAAGGGAAGAGCAGGACGCGUGGGGGCCGGCUUCUGUUUCCACUUGUGCAGCAGGGCACGCUAUGAGCGUUUGGAGACUCACCUUACACCAGAAAUAUUCAGGACUCCUCUGCAUGAGGUUUCUCUGAGCAUUAAACUUCUGCGACUGGGAGGCAUUGGUCAGUUCCUGUCAAAGGCUAUAGAGCCUCCUCCACUGGAUGCUGUGAUAGAAGCGGAACACACACUAAGGGAGCUGGAUGCAUUGGACUCCAAUGAUGAGCUGACUCCUCUGGGAAGAAUUUUGGCGAAACUUCCAAUAGAGCCGCGACUGGGAAAGAUGAUGAUCAUGGGCUGUAUAUUCUAUGUUGGCGAUGCUCUUUGCACAAUAUCUGCUGCCACCUGUUUCCCUGAGCCAUUCAUCAGUGAAGGUCGUAGGCUGGGAUAUGUGCAUAGGAACUUUUCCGGCAAUCGGUUUUCUGACCACGUGGCGCUGCUGUCUGUGUUUCAGGCCUGGGAUGAUGCAAGAAUGGGAGGCGAAGAUGCAGAAAUUAGAUUUUGUGAGCACAAGCGUCUCAACAUGUCUACUCUGCGUAUGACGUGGGAAGCAAAAGUGCAGCUCAAAGACAUCUUGGUAAAUGCUGGGUUCCCUGAAGAAAGUUUAAUGAAUCAAGUUUUCAACAACACCAGUCCAGAUAAUAACCUGGAUGUGGUCAUUUCACUGUUGGCAUUUGGCGUUUACCCCAAUGUUUGCUACCACAAGGAAAAACGAAAAAUCCUCACCACGGAGGGUAGAAAUGCACUUAUCCACAAAUCAUCUGUCAAUUGUCCCUUCAGCAGCCAAGACACAAAGUAUCCAUCCCCAUUCUUUGUCUUCAGCGAAAAGAUCCGUACCAGGGCAAUCUCUGCUAAAGGUAUGACCAUGGUGAGUCCUUUGCAGCUGCUGCUCUUCGCCUCCAAGAAAGUCAUGUCAGAUGGAGAGAUGAUACUUCUGGAUGACUGGAUUAAAUUGCUGAUGCCUCAUGAGGAUGCCGCCUGCAUUACUGCACUGAGAUCUGCAAUGGAAGCAUUAGUCGUAGAAGUUACUAAAGAACCAGAGCUAGUAUCUGAAGUGGGUCCAGUGAAUGAGAAGAUGCUGAACAUGAUUCGUCUGAUAUCCAAACCAUCCACAGCUGGACUAAAUCUUAUGAUUGGGAAUAGCAGAUUUGGAGAUGGGCCUCGGCCACCUAAAAUGGCCCGUUAUGAUGGUGGCUUCCAAGGAGGUUCAGGUUCAGGAGGAGGUGGCUAUCGUGGAUCUGGCAAUCGAGGAUUUAGAGGUGGUGGCUUCAGGGGUGGAAAUCAAGGAGGUGGCUUCAGUGGAGGCUACAGGGGCGGGAACCAGGGUGGUGGCUUCAGAGGUGGUAACCAAGGUGGUGGCUUCAGAGGUGGUAACCAAGGUGGUGGCUUCAGAGGCGGAAACCAAGGUGGCGGCUUCAGAGGUGGAAAUCAAGGUGGUGGAGGGGGUUGGUAGUUUUGGACGAAACUGCCAAGGAGGAUAAGGCCCUGAAACCAUUAGUGAUGGGUUCUCAGGACUGUUUUUUUAUUUUCCCCUUUGUUCUGCUAUUUUUAGCAUUGGAAGUUGUUUUGCAUGUUGUUGCUUUGACAACUAGUAAAUACAUCCUUUGUACAAAUUAUUGUUUAAGUUCAGCUUGUGUAUUUUUAUUUUCUUAACCUUAUUUGAAUGUAGGCAAUAAUAAAAAAAAAAACCUUAUAAAACUGUUACUUUCUAAUAAAACCUGAAUUUUGUAAAACUGA